CUCUCUCUCUCUCUCUCUCUCUCUUUUUCUUUUUCUCUCUUCCUCUCUAUUUUUUCUCUCUUUCCCUUGCUUCGUAUACCGCUCGCCGGCUUCCUCAACUUUUCGUUAAGAACGACCAAUUUUGUCUUCGUCUCGUCUCGUCUUAUUUUACUUCGUCGCGCGGUUCGUUCGAGAUCGGCAUUCGUGCUCCCGGUCUGUCUCUUUCCGAUAGUCGCGAUAUACACAUACAUACGUACGGUAAUACACAGUGCCACAGUGUGGAGUUGUUACCAGUGGGGAAAGCAAAAAUUAGUUUACAAGCGGCCGUGCCUCCAGGCGACCGUCCUCCACCACCGCCGACACCACCACCGACACCGGAUAGUCCAGCGUCAGCAGCAGAAGCUCGGGACGAGCCACGGAGAGAGAAGGAGAGAGCGGCGGCAUCGUCGCGGCCGAGUCAUCGGUGCCCAAAGUCAACAAAUGGGGCAUAGAGGAGGAGCGACGCGCGGCCAGCAGGAGCAGCAGUAGCGUUGAGCUAUCGUCGGGGGCCUGAUCGUCGGUCCCUGUCGAGCGACCCGAUCUCGCGGCGGGGGACGCGGGGUCGCGGGGGUGCCGGCGGUGCGGCGCGAUGGCCGCAACGGACGGUCAGAUCGUCGUCGCGGCGGCACGCUGGGCCGAGGAGGCGACGUACCUGCGCGAGUUCGUCUCCAAGUACCGUCUGCCGGCCGUGAUCAAGAUCACCAAGGGCCAAUAUGGCGGGCUGGGCGUGCCGACGCUACCGGCGCCGAGCUUGCAGAGCACCGCGUUGCUCAUAUCGGCCGGUCGUCGGCGGAAGAUCGUGGCGCAGGCGGUGAAGAUCAAGGAGGGCCGCAGGGUGGUCGGCGUCGGGCCGAGGCUGGCGAUACCGGACUCGUACGCGGGCUACUUCGAGAUCCUGAGCGAGGAGGGUAGAGCGGUGCGCGGUAUCGAGUCGGUAAACGAGCUGUCGCGGAGAUGCCCGGAGGAAGGCGCGCUGGUGCGCGAGACGCUGCGCGGCAUCGCUUGCCGGGUGGACGAUGAGUCCGGGAUCGUGGUGCCGGAGGGCACGAGGGCCCUGUCGGCCGGUGAGACGAUCGUCACCGCCGGUGAGGUCGCGCUACCCGGCAGGGGUCGAUUCCUCCGCUGCGUCGACUGCCGCGGCGACAGCGUGCUCUUGGCGAUGGAUCAGCGCGGCCGUUUCAGCGCGUUGGCGCGCGAGGACAACAUCAGCGGCGUGCACACCGCCCGGGCGCUCCUCAGCAAACGCCUGCCGCUCACGGUGAGAUUGGUGCACGGCCAGCCGCCCAGGGGGCUCAAGUCGUCGUCGCAGUUCGUGCCCGAGCUCAGGCUGCUGUCCACCUUCGAGGAGGAGCACGUGUUCGCGUUGCCGUUGCAGCGAGAAGGCGCGGCGGUCGCGCUGCCGCUCGCGGCGCCGCUCAAGCUGGUCAAAGCGCGGAACGAGGAGGCCCUGCGCUCCAUGCAUGAGUUCACGAGGCUGGUGGAGCGCGCAUCCCGCUUGGUCGCUGAUGUGGCCGACCGCGCGCACGUGUUGGACGGUCGUCUCGGUGAAAGCAAGCAAGCCUCCAGGCAGACCAGGAGCGCGUCCGGCUUCCUCAGGCGGCCGUCCACCAACUCGGAUCACGCGCCUCCGCUCGGUCAUCAUAGAAACGGCAGUGCCGGCCAUCAUCAUCAUCAUCAUCAUUAUCAUAGCAAUGGACAUCAGGCGUCCAGUGGCCAUGCGGGAUACCGGGACGAGAACCGGGUGCCGCCGUCGUCGUCCGCCUGUACCGAGGAGUACGACGAGAUCGACCAGAUAUACGACUACGUGCGCGGCUUCGCGCCGUUGCCGAAGAGCGUGAGGUCGCCGUACGAGAGCCCUCUGGCCGCCGGCCAAGGCUCGACCCCGCCGCUCACGCCGGUCACGGUGACGAUCGCGCCGUUGUUGGACGACCGACCGGAGCCGCCGCCGAUCGAGACGAUACCCACGAAGAAGAUCCAGGCGGAGAAGCGGACCAGGCGCGCGGUUAAGGAGGCGCCGCAGCCCUCCAGGGUGGAGAAGCCGCCGUUGGCGAAGCUCUACGUGAAGAACAGCGGCACGCAGCGCGGCCGGCCGCUAAUGAGGCAGAAGAGCGCGUCGCCGUUGAAGGAAACGCCGCCGGGUUACAAGGGCGGCUCGCCGCUCUUCAACAUACGCUACAAGAGCCUGACUAAUCUCCAGCAGGCGAUGGAGCUCGACGGCACGCUCGACUCCAGCCACUCGGGCGGCAGGACGUCGGGCGACUCUGGCGCGGGUGCUAAGCUGCCGGAAAAGAGAUCGAGACGUUUAAGCAGGCCGCGAUCGCUGACGAAUUUAGUCUGGGAGCUUCGAGGUGGAAGCGGCCUCGGCUGCACGAGACCGGAAACUCCGCCGCCCGCCACGACAGCACCGCUGCCACCGACUAAAUGUGGGCCACGUCUGGCUGUCACUGUCGUGGCACCGCGACGUGUCGGCACGCUCUACCUCUAACUCAUUCGACCGACGAAGGGCUGAAGAAGGCAAAGAGCGGUUCGGAUGAGGAGCCGUGGAUCUCCGACGUCGUCCGACUAAUCAAAAUCCGCAACGAGAGCUCAAGAAAGGACAGAGGGACGGGAAUCUUUCCGCCGCGGCGGGACUGACUCCGCCAUUCUCGCAGCGUUCAUUCAAUCGCGCCCGUGAAAGCCAUUCAAAACUCGUCGUCCAACACUCACGUCCGCAUGUAUCCAUGCUCUGUAUACUCAUAAACACGCACGCACCACACACGAGUACACUCGUGCGUACACACGUGUCACAUAUACACGCGUACACACGUACACACGGCAUGCAUGAAGAAUCCAAAAGCAUCGCGCCAGAUCAACGCCGCGUACUUCCUGUGAUUGUCGAUUAACGAUAAGCGGAAUAAUCAAAAAUAGCGACGCAGCGGAAGAGAAUUGUGUUCGGGUCAGAGGUACGAGCAGACGGGAAUUAUUAUAAUAAUCUUGUGUAGGUGGCGAGAUGGGGGAGAGAAGGAAAAGGGCGACGGGCGUGCGCACGCGCGGCAGACGCGGACGAGGUCGAGCAGCGGCGACCGGCGUGUUCCGUCGGAGCGCACACAUAACGAGGUGAUAACAACGAUCGGGAUUUGUCAUCGCGCGUGCGACGGACGCGCGAUCGCGCGGCUGCGUGCGACGAUUCGUGCGUGAAUCCUUGACGCGUCCGCGUGAGGAGAGCCGCGCGCGAGCGGUUGGUUCUCUUUCCCGCUUGGGGAGCGAUUUCUCGCGACUCGACGUCGCGGAAAUUAGCCGAGGCGAAAAUCGUUGAGCGCGCGUCGCUGCUCGCGCUCGCCCUCGUCUCGCCGCGGAGGAAAGAAGGAGGCUCCGCCGAUUUCCGCCCGACGCGAGCACACGGACGAGGAGAGAUAUCGAUGACGACCGCUGGCGUAUUUUUGCUCUCGGCGGCGGCGAGCCGAUCCUUUUGACGUUCGCGAGAAAAGCGAUGGUGUCUUCACUUCACUCUUCGGGCCGAAAGAGACACAAACGGCCGUUCCCGCCGUCUCGACGAGUCGCGUCAAGGCGCCGCGCGCUUCGUGCUUUUUCCUUCCCCUUUUCCUUCCCACCGUCAGAGCCGAGGAUGGGAGCCGGAGGGUCGCCAAGGUAGAGCAAGAGGAAGAGGAGGAGAGACGGUCGAAUUUACACGCUGUGUAAUCGCGCAUUUGACUCAAGAGUUACACACACGUCUUGCGUACGCGUAAAUCACGACAUCGUCUCACCGUACACGAGUAGUAGAUUAAGAAAAGUUAGAAGAGAGGGAGUCUCUUCUUCUUUUUUCGUUUCUUUCUUUUCUUUUUUUUUUUUUUUUCUUUUGUUUGUCUUCUCCGAUAAAGAGACGCGCCGUCGGGACGAACACCAAAGGUGUCCGGCCGCCGGCGUCUGUGCGCAGUUAAGGAUACGAAUGCCAUAAUAAUGACCAAGUUUUGUGGUUGUACUUAAGUCAUACUUUAUACUCUACUUUACUGUGUUAGGUUUGCUAAGGAUAAGUUACUCCAUUACUCCAUUAUCAAAGUGUGUCCCUGUAUCAGUUAUCGCUACGUCCUUUACUUUCGCGCCGUCCUGCAUCGACGACGGAAUCGUCGUCGUUUCGAGCGUCGAUCGCCGAGAAUUGGCGCAGGCUACGAGAAAGAGAACUUGAGAACACUGCCUACCUGCACUUGUGAUCACGUAUGUAACUCGAACUUAAGAGAAUAAGCUGAGCGCUCCCCAGUCCGUAUGCACCGUCGUCGCGUCACACAACGCAAUCAGCUGUCUCAUGAGGUAAGUCCAACGUGGACUUGUAUUCUCUCGGCAAUAGAGAGAAGGAGGAAGAGAGAGAGAGAGAGAGAGAGAGAGAGAGAGGGAGGGAGAGCGAGAAAUCAACAACGAGAGAUUUCUAGCGGAAAGGAAAAAGAAAAAUAUAUUUCUCUCAUCGGUCGAAGAAUUCGCGAGACCAAAUCGACGAGAGAAUCGACUCUUUUCUUCUUCUUGAGAAAAUCUCGCCUCGUAAUGAAACCGCGAAUUACGAGAUCGCGUCUCGCGUAGAAAACGAACGAUACAGUCUGGAAGUGUCGGCAAUUCGAGCGCUCAGUCGCUUCCCGCUUUCGUAAAUAAAAUCGGAUCGAUCGAGUGAUUAUUUUCCAUUCUCGUACACCGGCAAUUGUGCUCGCGAGGUAAUUCCGGACGCGCGACACGAAAUCUUCAGCCGCCACGCGCGGAAACCCACGUGCCGUGCGCCUCCACUUGUAUUGUCCCAGCGUUUUGAAGAAGCCAUCGACGAAGCAGCGCGUCGUCCGUGACACUCGCGAUCGCACGGACGACAGCACGAACGAACUAUCAUCGAAAGUCAGGUGCGAGACCGCCUUUCGGUCGAUGGUCCCGACCAAAGGACGCGUUUGGACCUUGGUCUCAUUUUUGUGAUUAUUAUUUAAAUACACGUUAAGCAAACAAUAGUAUAUUAGAAUAGGCUCGUUGUAACUGAGUACGAGUACACCGUUGCACCGUUGUAGCACCGCGGUUGGCCUUUACGGAGACGACGUCGUUCGUCUGCGUGCGAUUUCGACGGGAGCGCGCGACAAUCGCGAGAACGUACCGAAGGACUCGUCGUACACGGAAUUGUGUGAUUAUACUCGUACGACACUCAAUCGUUUGUCCGAGAGUCAUCCUUGUUCGGUAAGAGAAUGCGGCAUAUUCGAGAGAGAGAGAGAGAGAGAGAGAGAGAGAGAGAGAGAGAGAGAGAGAGAGAGAGAGAGAGAGAGAGAAAUCGAAAUCUCCACAAGUGGCCUUCUUCGAAGAGCUCGGGAACGAGAUCUGUCCGCGAAACAUCGCAGAUCAUUUUCUCUUCCCCACCCUUUUUUAUCCCGAGCAACAUUUAUCCGCGAAUUUCCCGUAAACAUGAGCCGAGACGCGCGAGGACGUUCGGUAAUCGGAGAGAAUAUGUUCGUUACGAUGAACUAGCUAUUACGAGUGUACAAUAAGUUUUUUUUUUUUUUUUAGAAUUAUAAUACGAAGCAUAGAUUCUAUCAUCAUGAAAUAUUAUAUCGCGCAAUGAAUCUACAGAAGGCACUCGGUCCCCUUUACGACGGAACUCUGUGUGUCAUAAGCGUGCGGCGAGCGCGCGCUCAUUUCGCACGUUGACGUUCUCGACGAGUGUAAUUUUGCUAUGACGACGAGAAGCGCCGAGAAGAGGAGGAGGAGAAGGAGGAGGAGGAGGAGGAGGAGGAGGACAACCUCUCCGACAGAGACCGAGCUACGGCGAUGUCGCCGUCGUCGUGCGCCGUUGGUAAGCGCUUUUAAUUAGUAUGCUAGCGCGGCUGGAAUUAGUCUUCUAAUUCUCUCGGGGGCAUUGGAGCACGCGAACGAAUGAACACGAUCGAUCGGUCGAUCGAUCUCCGCGCGAGCGAUCAGCGUGCGUCGCGUGGAAUAACGCAGGAUCUGGUCGUUUUACACGCGGCGCUUCCGCGGCGAGGGAGUGCGGGGGAGUCGCGGCUGAAACGAACAGAUUUGCCGCAGCCGCGGUAGAACGCGGCUGUGAACCACGCGCGUGAUCUGGCUCAUCGAUAUAUCUCGCCAGGACAUCGUCGGCCACGUCCUCGCGGCGAAAUACUCAGCGCGUAAGGGUCGAGGACCGUUGUGCCUUCGUAUGUAUGCACGU